AUGCGCAGUUUCUGCCUUGGCGUCCGGGCUGGUUCGUGAGGGCCGGUGGCGAAGGAGAGUCCAAGGGGAGAGGCCUGGUCGGGAUACGCAGGUCCAGCUCGCCCGCCCGCGGCUAUGCCCACGCUGGAGGUGCCCACGCUGGACGAACUAGAAGUGGAUGAGGUAAAAGUAUCCUCAGCCAUACUGAAAGCAGCAGCUCACCAUUAUGGCUCACAGUGUGACAAGCCUAACAAGGAGUUCAUGCUUUGCCGCUGGGAAGAGAAGGACCCACGGAAAUGUUUAAAGGAAGGCAAGGAAGUGAACAAGUGUGCAAUGGACUUCUUCAGACAGCUUAAGCUACACUGUGCGGAGCCAUUUACCCAAUACUGGACUUGCAUUGACUAUAAUAACCUGCUAGAGCUUCGCCACUGCCGGAAGCAGCAGCAGGUCUUUGAUGAGUGCGUCCUGGAUAAGUUGGGUUGGGUGAGACCUGAUCUGGGACAGCUGUCAAAGGUCACCAAAGUGAAGACUGAGCGGCCCCUGCCUGAGAAUCCCUAUCAUUCUAGGGAAAGACCACAACCAAACCCACCAACUGAAGGCGAGUUGCAGCCGUCCAAAUAUGGAAGCAAGUUUUUCUUCUUUACCUUUUAAACUGGCUAUCUUGGCUCCUUCAAAACAACACCAGAAUUCUUGAUGACUGUAAAUAACUCUUUCCUGGUGUUUUGAAUGCCCUCUGUAUUUGGUAGUCAUUAAGGAUAAUAAACUUCAAAUGGUAUGGUUUGCCUAAUGUA